AUGAUCCCCCCGAGCGGCGCCCGCGAGGACGGCGUGGACGGGCUGCCCAAGGAGGCGCCGAGCGCCGAGCAGCCGCCCUCUCCUGCAUCCACCAGCAGCCAGGAAUCCAAGCUCCAGAAACUAAAACGAUCACUUUCUUUCAAGACCAAGAGUUUACGGAGCAAAAGUGCUGACAACUUCUUCCAGCGAACCAACAGCGACGUGAAGCUACAGGCCGACAUGCUGGCUGAGGUCAGCCCCAGCUCCAGCCCACUCCCCGCCUCUGGAAGCCUGACGUCCACCCCCACCAGGGCCAGCCUGCACCCAGGGGCUGGUGGCAAGGCCCACGCCUUUCAGGAGCACAUCUUCAAGAAGCCCACUUUCUGUGACGUCUGCAACCACAUGAUUGUGGGAGCAAACGCUAAGCAUGGGCUGCGCUGCAAGGCCUGUAAGAUGAGUCUCCACCACAAGUGCAUGGAUGGCCUAGCACCCCAGCGGUGCAUGGGCAAGCUGCCAAAGGGGUUUCGGCGAUACUACAGCUCCCCCUUGCUCAUUCAUGAACAGUUUGGAUGCAUUAAAGAAGUUAUGCCCAUCGCCUGUGGCAAUAAGGUGGACCCUGUCUAUGAGACCCUCCGAUUCGGCACCUCCCUGGCCCAGAGGACGAAGAAGGGCAGCUCCGGCAGUGGCUCUGAAUCACCUCACAGAACCUCUACUUCAGAUCUUGUGGAGGUUCCUGAAGAAGCUGAUGGGCCAGGAGGAGGAUAUGACCCACGGAAACGCAGCAACAGUGUGUUUACUUAUCCAGAAAAUGGCACUGACGAUUCCAGACACCAAGCAAAGAACAUAAACCAGCAGGGAUCUCUUUCCAAAGAACCAUUACAGAUGAGCACCUAUGUUGCCUUGUACAAAUUUGUACCACAGGAGAAUGAAGAUUUGGAAAUGAGGCCAGGAGACAUGAUUACUCUUCUAGAAGACACCAAUGAAGACUGGUGGAAAGGGAAAAUUCAAGACAGGAUUGGCUUCUUUCCGGCCAACUUUGUUCAGAGAGUACAACAAAAUGAGAAGAUCUUUAGAUGUGUUAGGACCUUCCUCGGGUGUAAAGAACAGGGGCAGAUGACACUGAAGGAGAAUCAGAUCUGCGUGGCUUCCGAAGAGGAGCAAGAUGGCUUUAUCAGAGUCCUCAGUGGAAAGAAGAGAGGCCUAGUCCCCCUGGAUGUCCUAGAAAACAUCUGAUUGCUGGCCCCUCCUGCUUUAGCAGUGGCCGGACUCUGCUGCGAUGCCUCGUCUCACACUGUGUCCACGCAGAGGAGCUGCCACACUGACCCACCCUCUCCCCUGGGAAACAGUGAGACAAGACUCAUGGGUCUGAGGCUGGAGUAUCAGCCACAGACAGAGGGUGCAUCUCACAGCAUUGCCGGGCUGCCCAAGGUGAGGGCGAGGCUGCCCAAGGUGGGGAGCUGAGCGCCAUGCAGGCGGCGGCUGAGGCAGGGUGGCAGCCACAGCUGUCCUUGAGGACUCACCUCGUCCCCGUCCAUGUGAUGUAAGUUAGCCUACUGGAGGGUGCUCCAGCCUGCAGUGUGGGCCCAGUGCGAGACUGGGAUCCCCAUGGCCAAGUGUGAUUCUGGUUCCAGACGUGUGUCCCCAGCAAUGGCCCCUCCUCAUCGCAUUUGCGGUUCUCUGCAGAGCAUCAGGAAGUCCUGAUCCCCAGCUCCCGACAUGCCAGGGCUCCCCGCAGCCCCCCUUGCUUUGUGAUUGCACUGUCUCUUCUGUCCUCCAAUGGAGUCCUGGGGGUGCUGUGAGAUGGGAAGGCUGAGCUGGUGGCACUAGCCACCGGGACCUGAUCUGCCCAAAGGUGACCAAUAGGCAGCCACUGCUGCUCUUCUGGUUACAGAAGUGACAGAGGAGGACACAAGGCACAGGUACAGAGAACAAAGUGGGAGUAAGGUGGGGCAGAGAGCCCGAUUUACUGCAGAUUAUGCAGCCCCUUCGGUUAGGAAAGCAUUCUCUGCGGAGGUGAACCUGGGGAAGAGAAUGGGGCAAAAAGUCUCAGUGAUGAGCCCAUUUCAUUUCAUGUCCUUGGUACUGUGGGCAGCAUUUUCCGUCAGGCCAUCCUGGAGGACCCCCUUUUGGAGGCUGAGCCCACCUUGCAAAGAACCAGAAACAUGGCGGAGAACCAAUAUCAUCUUGAGACAAGUAGCCAAAUCAAAAUCCAUUCUUCUUUAGGGCAGUCUACUAUACCCUAGCAGAUAUAACAUGGAGACGAAUCCUUAGUGCUUCAUCCCUCAGAAAGAGAGGAACUUGUGUCCCAUCUAUCAUCAGGAGGGGAGUCUCUCUUACUCUAUACUUGUACUAAUGUUUACAAGCAUUCAGUAUACUGUGAUGCCUUCCCCCGCAAGCCUCCUCCUAGCAGCCAAACUUGCAUUACUUAUUAAUAUGGUUAAACAUCAAUUCACAAUGACCUUGGAAUCAAUGUACGCUCCAUUUAUUUUGUGACAGAGCAAUAAAAGCUUUAGAACAAUUGGUUUUUAAAAGACCUAAGUGGGUGCAUCUUAAGCAUGUGAGCAUUAUUUCCCACACCCUAGUAUUCAUAGUCUCCACUUAUUUCUUUUGUUACUGGUCAGCAUGAUGGUGGGAGCUGAGACGGGGGAGCUGCUAGUUUCACAGCCGUCUGGAUGCCUUACUAUCAUUUUAAGGCCGGCAUCCAGAAUUUCCUCCCUCUCUGGUACAACCUGAAAAACUGAGUGUACAGAGCCAAGAUGGGUUCUCCGAGAACCAGGGCGGAUAGUAUGACUGCCAUUCUCUAAAAUGGAAUGCCAGAGGACAAACCCUCUCUGCCUCUAAUUCAGUACUCCAUUGAAUAAAGAUAACACAGUGGCUGGAAGGAGCAUAGAAAAUGUGUGUCCUGAUCUCUUCUUUCUGGUGCGUAUCCAUGGAAGCCUUUGGGUCCAGUGGUGUCAGAUCCUAGACAAAUUUAACUUGCAAUAAAAAGUCAGUUUGCCUUUGGAAACUGAAUAUAAGGGGGCUGCCGUAGCCAGCCAGCAAGGUGGUCCCUGCGUCCUAAUAGUCUUGCCUUUGUAUAGCCCACUCCCACAUUGAAUCAGUACUGGUCUAAUAUGGCCAAUAAGAUAGAGCAGAAGUCAUACUGCAUGACAUCUGAGGCUAGGCCAAAGAAGUCCUUGCAGCUUCUCCCUUGCUCUCUGGGAACACUUGCCCUUGGAACCCUGAGCCACCUAAUCUGAGACCACCAUGGGGGAGAGGUGCAAUGGACAGACCACAUGUGUCUGCAGCUGGGAUCCCGGACAUCACAGAACAACAACCAUCCCUGCUGGACCUACCCAAGUGAUAACUUUACAAACAAAAUAAAUGUGAUUUGGUGGUUUUUAAGUCA